GUGAUGGUGUUUAUCAAAAUGUUCGAAAAUUAAGAAAAUUAUGAGUUUUAUAAACUACUUAAUAGUUUUAGUGUUCACCUCAACAUAUGGUAUUCAGGAGUGGAAAGUGAGACCUAGAGAUGAUGAAGUAAACCCUGGAGAUAAUACAACCCUCUUUUGUGGGUUUAGAAAUAUAGCCGGGGACUGCAGGUGGGAGAAGGAUGGAACGCCUGUAGGAAUGUUCCCUGGAAAGUAUAGCUGGGCUGGGAACCUGACUGAUGGCGACUGUUCCAUAAAUAUUUAUCACGUGGAACGUGAAUUUGAUCAUGGUGGAUGGCAGUGCAGUGUAACAGCAACAAGUUUCCGAUCCAAAGAUGCUUUAGGAAUAAAAAAAUAUCAAAUUAUUUAAAAACAGUUUGACAUUGAUAGAAUUUAUAAAAUGUCGUCAUCUAAACAUUCUGGUGUAAUGCUGCAGA